CAGUCAUCUUUAGCAAGCCAUUAUGCAAUGGGAGAAGUUAAAGCCUCCAGAGCCAGAUGAUCCUAUGUGUUGCUGUGAGUGUGAUUUGGACCAGUACGGAUGUUGCUGUGACUGUGAAGAUCUGGAUGAAGCCUUUACCAGGUGGCUGAGAGACAGACCAUCUAAAGGGGGAUCAUGUCAGUCUCCUGUACUUGGGGCCAUUAUAGACAGAAUGGAGAUCUCCCUGAUCCCGGCCCUGCUGCUGCUGCCUCUCCUGCUGCGAGUUGCAGCGCUGCACCUCCUGCUGGGUGUCACCAUCCUGACCGCUCUGCCCGGCAUGGUGCUGUGGUACUACUACGCCACGCACAGAAAAAAGAAACGCACCCUCUUCUUCCUCACCCUAUCUCUCUACUCCCUGUUCUACAUGUAUUACCUCUUCAUCACAGAGAUUUUACCUCGUGGGAAUGUCAGCCAGCUGCAGGUGUAUACUGUGACCACGGGGGUGAUUCUCACUCUCGUCUCUCUUAUACAAACCAAGAGAGGCCCAGGCUUUGUGACCCCGUGCCUACAUGUAGCUCACAGCCACAGUCAGGAGGCUGAGAAGGACUCCACACAUCUUAAUGGAUGUAUCCAAUCAGCAGCUGCUACAGGGACCAAAAAUGCCCUAACAACAAAACUGAGCAGCUGUCCUGUGUGCAAAAUAAUGCGACCCCCAAGAGCCGGACACUGUCGAACCUGUGGAUCCUGUGUCCAGCGUCUGGACCACCACUGUGUCUGGAUUAACAGCUGUGUUGGACAGGCAAACCAUCGCAGUUUCCUGCUGAGCCUCUCUGUGUUCGUGGUCACCUCUCUGUACGGGAUCAGCUUGGUGCUGAGCAGCCUCUGUCCUCGACAAUAUCUGAUGACGGCGCUCCUCUACUGCCCCGGCGUCUACACUCAGUCCAGCUCGGCACUUUGCUUCACCUGUGCUUGGUACAGCAGCAUUGUGACAGGUGGGCUGUUUUACAUGUGGUUGGUGCAAGUUGUGAAUAUCAGCCUGAAUGUGACGGAGCGGGAGGCUCAGCUGGCUCUGAGGAACAAAACAGGCCAGCGGCGCCUGGGGGGGCUCGUCAUCUCCACGGGACAGUUCUCACGUGGCUUCUGUCAGAACUGGGCCGAGUUCCUCACCAUGGCAGACGCCUCGGUCUCUCCUCGCUCCAGCCUCACUGACUUGGUAUAGUCUCACAUUGUACUCUGUUGCAACAUCAUGACAACUGUUGACUGAUAACAGCAUGUGUGAAGCUUUGCAUCUCAUGUCAUUCUUAGCAUGUAUCAGCCCAUGUCUUCUGAUGCUUAUUGCAUUCCAGCUUUUUCAUACAAUACAUUAUGUUCAUGGGAUAGGAUUAUAACAAAAAAGUAUCACCUUGAACGAUUCCUAGUCCAUUACUUAAUUAGUAAAUUACGACAAUGCUUGAAAGGGUUUCAGAAAUUAGAAAUGAUGAAAGGCUAAUGAUGGCAUU